GGAUGUGUUUUUGGUGGAUGAAGUUUUAAAGUCACACUUUAGAAACAAUUCUAAAUAGUUUCUAAUAAAAACAUUAAUUUUCCUAAUUUAGAGUCUCACGUGCUCCACCUUCUUCUCUUCUUUCCGUUUAGCCAUCGCCGCCGCCGUUCUUCCGUUCCUGCUGGUUGAGCAUCCUAUCUAACGGAUCUGCACUGAUUGUCACAGAGCCGAUGUAUUAAAGGUCAAUUCUCAAAUUGAAACUAGCAAAAGCCGAAUCCACGACUACGAUUUGAAAAAUGGAAGAUGAAGAAGAUCCACCGCUCGCUGUUGAGAUUGGUGAAACAGUUACAGCUACCCAGCAACAUGAAGAUGGUGGUGUUUCUGUUGGCGUUACAGUUAUCACUGGAUAUCUUGGAGCUGGAAAAUCCACCUUGGUUAAUUACAUAUUGAACUCGCAACAUGGCAAGAGAAUUGCUGUUAUACUUAACGAGUUUGGGGAGGAAAUUGGAGUUGAGAGGGCAAUGAUAAAUGAAGGUGAUGGUGGGGCGUUGGUUGAGGAAUGGGUCGAAUUAGCAAAUGGAUGUAUUUGUUGCACUGUUAAGCAUAGCCUGGUUCAAGCCUUGGAGCAACUUGUGCAGAGAAAAGAAAGGCUCGAUCAUAUUUUGUUGGAAACUACGGGACUAGCCAAUCCUGCUCCACUUGCUUCUGUACUUUGGCUGGACGAUCAAUUGGAGUCAUCGAUCAAGCUUGAUUCAAUUAUUACAGUCGUGGAUGCUAAAAAUCUUCAUUUUCAAUUGAAUGAGCAUCGUAGUUCAUCAUCCUUCCCCGAAGCAUUUCAUCAAAUUGUGUUUGCGGACACUAUUAUUCUUAACAAGGUCGACCUGGUCUCUUCAGAUCGUGGUGAUGGUGCAUUGGAGGACCUGGAGUAUGAAAUACGUAACAUUAAUUCUCUUGCCAAAAUCAUUCACUCUGUUCGGUGUCAAGUCGACCUGUCUCUCAUACUAGACUGCAAUUCCUAUAAUGCUGCUAAUACAGCUCAUUUAGAAGCAUUAUUGAAAGAAAGUCGUUCUUUAUCUACUCAAGAUCUUCAUGAUACUGGUGUUCGAACCUUGUGCAUUAGUGAACACCACAAAGUUGACCUUGAUAAGGUUCAUUCUUGGCUUGAGGAGAUACUUUGGGAGAAAAAAGGUGGCAUGGAUGUGUAUCGCUGCAAAGGAGUUUUAAGCAUAAAAAAUUCUGAUCAGCUACAUACUUUGCAGGCAGUUCGUGAAUUAUACGAGAUCGUUCCUACACGGCAAUGGAGUAAUGGAGAAAGUCAGAUGAACAAGAUAGUCUUCAUAGGUCGUAAUCUGAAUGAGGAUGUUCUUAGCAAAACCUUUAGAGAAUGUGCUUCUAUCUCCUAAAUUUUGUUGCUUUACUAUUUGUUCGACUACAUAGGGAAACAAAGAAGAGUAGGUGAAAUGGUUGUGUAUGAUUUCGAAGUCCUUUUUUUGUAUGUUAACUUGGAUACGUCUUUUUAAAAUUGACUAUCUUUCGAUCUCUUUGUUAA